UCGCUUGUACGGGGCAUUGACUCACAUGUUGGUUCGUUCAUCUUAGCUAACAGCACAGAGACAGACAGACAGACAGACAGGCCGACAGAUGACACCACACCGGCAGGCAGGCCACUCAGAUCAUCGCUCCUCCCUAUCUAUCUAUCUAUAGCCGCGAAUCGGAUGUCCAUGAGCACAGACUCCAACGCAUCAAGUGGGACCGUCACGGGAGACGAGAACGCCGUCUCACGCAGUACCAGUGCCUACACACACACACACAUCAACACAACACAUCAACACACGCAGCGACUGCAGUGAGGGUAGUGAGUGGGUGUGUGGCGCGAUGCGAUCGUUCGUCGCCCACUACCCCACCCAGUAGGGCAGCUUGAGAGACUCGGCCAUGUUCCUGAAGCACACCACACCACCACAUCGAUGGGUGUGGAUGGAUGGCUGGUCCAUCGGAUCGGCAGGCAGUGUCCUCUCUCUACUAGCUGUGUGCCGUCCGACCGACCGACCAGUAGUACUCCUGGCCGCAAUCCCACUCCCCGUAGCCCUCGACAAUACCUGCAAGGCACACAAACAAGAAUGAGUGAUGCGUUUCGUUGGUCCGUCCGUCCGGUGUGUGUCUGUUUCCAUUUAUUUACUUUGCUCACCCACCCCACCUACCCACCCUUGAUGGGGAUGAUGUUGAGCACUCGAGUGCCUUCACGGCAGUACAGGAUGUUCGACAGAGCAGCACCCUCCACACCUAUCACCAGGUCGGCCUGCAUUCACACACACGCAACCACACACACACACACACACGCACACGCACACAGAGAUGUACCCAUUGCAAUGCAUUGCGUGUGGGCUGGGCUUUCGGAACCCCGCCCACCCACCUGGUUGAAUCUCUCCAUUUGUUCCCGCAGCCCGACCGUCUCGGGCGCCAAGACAUCCACAACCACAGCACCAGGCUGGUCCGCAAAUACCCUCUCAACCACCCCCCUGACCCCAUCGAGGUUCAUCAUGAUGCGGUCGUUCUGGUGGGAUCCCACCGCACCGGUACCCCUCUUCGGCAGACGGUUGACCAGGAGGAUCCUCCGCAUUUGGUAAUGUGAUGCCUCCUCUUCUGGUGCUCGUGUGGGUGUUAAAUUGUCGAUGGUGGCGAGCAUGUGUGUGCGUGUGGCGUUGAGGGUCGAUGCGGCCUGGUACACACUCGCCUCACGCACUGUGGUCGUGUACAGCCGCCACGCAUAAUACAGCCUGCCACAUGUCGUCACGUCACACAACACAUCCCACACGCCACGCACGUGGUGAUGGCGGCCUGCCUUUGUGGGUGUCUGUCGUGUCCAGUAAGUUCCUCCCGCGUGCCUGCCUGCCUGCCUGCAAGGAUUGUAGAAGACGAUCUGCCUUUGUGGAAUGGCCAGGAGGCCGAGGGCCUCCCGAACGAAGGGCCGGUCGUACACGAGUAGCUUGACAGAUGGCGACCUCAGCAGCAGGGGGCGGACGGCGAGGAGCAGCGGCAGGCCUUCAGUCGUCCAGCUGCACAGAGACAUACAUGGACAGACAGACAGACAGCACAGCACGCACACGUGUCUGCGUAUGUGUGUGUGUGUGUGUGUGUGUGCGCGUGUGUGUGUGUGGCAUUUACUUACUGGUAGUAGUUGAUGGAGUACAGAAAGAGCCCCUGCACCAGCUCCUCAUGCAACUGAUACACAAGACAGACAUGAGCGUCACACAUACACUCACUCCAUGAGUACUGCGCAGGGCAGGCAGGUGCACAGCACAUGCCGCGAUAUCCGGUCGGUCAAAUCACUCCCACCCACCCACCCACCUCCACAGUGGGGAAUCGCAGCCACUCCGGUUCCUGGCUCCUCCUGUCCUCCCUCCCGCCACCCUCAGACACACACACGCUCCUCUUACCAGACGAAAAGUACCCUGGCGCACGGCAUGCACAGGCAGACAUGCACACAGACAGACAGACACAGAGACAGACAGACAGACAGACAGAGAGAAACAAACCGGUCCCUCUGAUGGAUGGAUGGCAUCUACCUACCGAUUUCGUCGUAGAGUCCAUCCUCCUCGAUCUCCUGCAUCGUGAAGGUUCUGUUGGCCAUCCGCACCAAGGCAGCCAUCAGGAAGUGGCUCACAGGCGCCGAGAAUGCCUCCCGCUGCAUCCACGGCCGCGACCGGUGUGGGUGCAGGUUCAUCGCCGAGAACAGACCGCUCAUGUCCUGAAACAAAGGCGACGAGAAAGCGCUAUUCCGGUUGAACACGAUGCCCUCGUAGGACGCAAAGACGUUGUCCACAGAGAGGAGCCGGAUGGAGGGGUAUGAGGGACGGGGCUGCUCGAGCGUGGCGUCAGACGAGCACUUGGCAGGCAGGGACGAGGAGCCGACACGCCCGGACUCAUCAAACAGCCGGGCGGGCGAGCGGCGUAUCGGUACGGCCGUGUGGAAGACAGUCGACUCGUCCAGGGGAGCAGCGUUGAAGGGCGGGGCGGCCAUGAGAUCCGAAGGGUGGCUGAGGAGCUUCAGCGUCACUAUCUCGUCCUUCACGCGAAUCGCGUCGAGAUGCCGCACUUGCUCGGUCCCAACGUCCGCAAUGGCAUAUAAGCCUUGAGCGAAGUACUUGGACAGCACCGACAGCAGGCCGCCGUGCUUGAUGGUCUGCAGCAGCCGGGGAUAGAUCCACGCAAUGAGGACGCCGACGACGGCCAUGCCGACAAGUCUGAGCCAUCUUCGGCUCGUGCUGGCCGCCGCUGAUGCCUCUGAUGGAUGACGGCUGCCGGAUGGCACAGAUGCCCGAGGUGCCGGAUGAGAAGUCUUCUUCGCCAUUUUUGGACAGAUGAAGCAUCAGGGGGCCUUCCUACAGCCUCCGGCAGGCACAACAAGUCCCC